GUUCGGAGUCCUGAAGCAGUGUCCCGGGCCCUAAGGGGCGACGGCGGUGUUGUCUUUAAACUCCAGAACUACCCAUUUGCCGCGUUCUCGCCGCCGCAGGCUCCCGGGACGAUGGUGCCCCGCCUGCUGCUGCGUGCCUGGCCCCGGGGCCCUGCGGUUGGUCCGGGAGCCCCCAGUCGGCCCCUCAGCGCCGGCUCCGGGCCCGGCCAGUACCUGCAGCGCAGCAUCGUGCCCACCAUGCACUACCAGGACAGCCUGCCCAGGCUGCCUAUUCCCAAACUUGAAGACACCAUUAGGAGAUACCUCAGUGCACAGAAGCCUCUCUUGGAUGAUGGCCAGUUCAGGAAAACAGAACAAUUUUGCAAGAAUUUUGAAAAUGGGAUUGGAAAAGAACUGCACGAGCAGCUGGUUGCUCAGGACAAACAGAAUAAACAUACAAGCUACAUUUCGGGACCCUGGUUUGAUAUGUACCUAUCUGCUCGAGACUCCGUUGUUCUGAACUUUAAUCCAUUUAUGGCUUUCAAUCCUGACCCAAAAUCUGAGUAUAACGACCAGCUCACCCGGGCAACCAACAUGACUGUUUCUGCCAUCCGGUUUCUGAAGACACUCCGGGAUGGCCUUCUGGAGCCAGAAGUGUUCCAUUUGAACCCUGCAAAAAGUGACACUGACACCUUCAAGAGACUCAUACGCUUUGUGCCUUCCUCUCUGUCCUGGUAUGGGGCCUACCUAGUCAAUGCAUAUCCCCUGGAUAUGUCCCAGUAUUUUCGGCUUUUCAACUCAACUCGUUUACCCAAACCCAGUCGGGAUGAACUCUUCACUGAUGACAAGGCCAGACACCUCCUGGUCCUAAGGAAAGGAAAUUUUUAUAUCUUUGAUGUCCUGGAUCAAGAUGGGAACAUUGUGAGCCCCUCAGAAAUCCAGGCGCAUCUGAAGUACAUUCUCUCAGACAGCAGCCCCGCCCCCGAGUUUCCUCUGGCAUACCUGACCAGUGAGAACCGAGACAUCUGGGCAGAGCUCAGGCAGAAGCUGAUGAGUAGUGGCAAUGAGGAGAGCCUGAGGAAAGUGGACUCGGCUGUGUUCUGCCUCUGCCUAGAUGACUUCCCCAUUAAGGACCUUGUCCACUUGUCCCACAACAUGCUGCAUGGGGAUGGCACAAACCGCUGGUUUGAUAAAUCCUUUAACCUCAUUAUCGCCAAGGAUGGCUCUGCUGCCGUCCACUUUGAGCACUCUUGGGGUGAUGGUGUGGCAGUGCUCAGAUUUUUUAAUGAAGUAUUUAAAGACAGCACUCAGAUCCCUGCCAUCACUCCACAGAGCCAGCCAGCCACUGCUGACUCUACUGUCACUGUGCAGAAACUCAACUUCAAGCUGACUGAUGCCUUAAAGACUGGCAUCACGGCUGCUAAGGAGAAGUUUGAUGCCACCAUGAAAACCCUCACUAUCGACUGCCUCCAGUUUCAGAGGGGAGGCAAAGAAUUCCUGAAGAAGCAGAAGCUGAGUCCUGAUGCAGUUGCCCAGUUGGCCUUCCAGAUGGCCUUCCUGCGGCAGUACGGGCAGACAGUGGCCACCUAUGAGUCCUGUAGCACUGCCGCAUUCAAGCACGGCCGCACUGAGACCAUCCGUCCGGCCUCCAUCUAUACAAAAAGGUGCUCUGAGGCCUUUGUCAGGGAGCCCUCCAGGCACAGUGCUGGCGAGCUUCAACAGAUGAUGGCUGAAUGUUCCAAGUACCAUGGCCAGCUGACCAAAGAAGCAGCAAUGGGUCAGGGCUUUGACCGACAUUUGUUUGCUCUGCGGCACCUGGCAGCAGCCAAAGGGAUCAUCUUGCCUGAGCUCUACCUGGACCCUGCAUACGGGCAGAUAAACCACAAUGUCCUGUCCACGAGCACGCUGAGCAGCCCAGCAGUGAACCUUGGGGGCUUUGCCCCCGUGGUCUCUGAUGGCUUUGGUGUUGGAUAUGCUGUUCAUGGCAACUGGAUAGGCUGCAAUGUCUCUUCCUACCCAGGCCGCAAUGCCCGGGAGUUUCUCCAAUGUGUGGAGAAGGCCUUAGAAGACAUGUUUGAUGCCUUAGAAGGCAAAUCCAUCAAAAGUUAACUUCUUGGAAGAUGAAAAGCUACCAUCACUUCCUCAUCAUGAAAACUGGGAGGCUGGGCAUGGUGGCGUAUGCCUGUAAUCCCAGC